GUUUCAAUGUCAGGCCAGUCAAAGGCCCAUAGAAAAUCGAGCAUAAAACCAUAAAACAGGAGGCAUUUUGGGCGAAAUCGAGAGAGGAGAAGAGGAAGACGAGAGAGUCCACGGCAAUGGCGGUGGCGAUGGUGAGGAUCGCGAUGAUAUUCGCCAUAUUCUCAGUAGCUUUUUGCAUUGAUGAUAAGUGCGCAGCUUGCAAUGCCGUCGCGGAGGAGCUAGAGUUUGGACUUUCCAAUGAAAAACCAAGGAAUCAUUUGGAUAUGAGACAUCGCCUAGACUCUAAAGGUCAACGAAAAGGAAAGGUAAUUGAUUACAGAGUUAGUGAGCUGAGAGUUGUUGAGCUCCUGGAUGGGCUGUGUGAAAAGAUGCAAGAUUACACUCUGGAGAAGAUAGAUUCAACCAGACGAGAAUGGGUCAAAGUGGAUGACUGGGAUAACAUAACAACUAAUAAACAAGAAGCUCGAGCAUAUUCAAAAGAUAUAUCAUCUUAUUGUGGAAGGUUACUAGAGGAAACAGAGGAUGAGUUAGCAGACUUGAUAAAGAAAGGAUCCGUUAAAACAGGAGAAGUAAGCAAGGUUCUAUGUCAAGAUCUGAGCAAGCACUGCAGUGUGACAAGUUUCUCCUCCCAUCAGGUGGUUGAUCAUGAAGAUGAUGAUGAUGCAUCUGAAGAACUCUAAAUCGCUUAAAACUCUUAUGUUGGUCCAGUGGGAAAAGAGAUGCCAAACCAAUUAAACUCGAUGUGGAAGGUAUUGAUAAUUGUGAGUGGUAGGCAUCUUUACUAAAACGUUUAAAUUGAGUUUUAAAUGACAAUUAUUCGUUUAUGUCACUUGUGGAAUUUUGCUUCUAAUUAUCCCCAUCUGGUAUCUUAUAUUGAAUUGUAACCUAUACAUGCUAAGUCAAAAUUAUCGAGGCAUGUAGUUGAUUAAAGAAAAGGAUUUGAGCUUUAGUUUUA